AUGUUUAUGGAUUACCAAGGGAAUAAUCUUAGAGACUUCCUUAAAAAUAAUGGCCAUGUGGUGCUUCAGAGAGUGAACAACUAUAAUUUGAGAUCUUUCACGAAAAAAGAGAUAGAACAAAUUACCAAUGGAUAUAGCACUUUGCUAGGAAAAGGAGCAUUUGGUGAGGUUUACAAAGGAGCAUUAGAUGAUCAAUUUCUGGUGGCAGUAAAAAAGUACAAAGAUGGAACGAGGAAAGAAGAGUUUGCCAAAGAGGUGAUAGUGCACUCUCAAAUAAACCACAAGAAUGUGGUGAGGCUUUAUGGUUGCUGUACCGAGGAAAAUGCUCUGAUGAUUGUUAUGGAAUUUAUUUGCAAUGGAAACCUUAACAGCAUGCUUCACUGCCGCAAUGCUAAUGACCAUGUUCCCUUCCCUUUGGAUAAGCGUUUGGACAUUAUUAUCGAGUUAGCUGAAGUACUAUCGUGUAUGCAUUCAAUGUAUAGUCCUGUUCUUCAUGGUGACAUCAAACCUGCUAAUAUACUGCUUGAUGAAAAUCUUGUGCCGAAGUUAUCAGAUUUUGGAAUAGCAAGGUUGCUUUCUACUAAUGAGGCCCAGCAAACCAAUAAUAUCAUUGGUUCCAUAGGUUACCUGGAUCCUUUGUUCAAUCAGACUGGAAUUCUAACUCCUAAGAGUGAUGUAUAUAGCUUUGUAGUUAUUUUAGUGGAGAUGAUCACCAGAAAGAAAGUGGUGCAUGGGGAUAUUAACUUAAUUCAAAAUUUCACUAACUCCCUCAGAAGAGGGAAAGCGGUGAGAAGAAUGUUUGAUGAUGAAAUUGUGGAUGGAAAAAAGAACAUAAAGGUGCUUGAAGAUAUUGCAAAGCUAGCAGCUGAAUGCUUGAGAUUGGAGAACAGGCUGCGUCCAGAAAUGGUUGAAGUAGCAGAUAGACUAAGGAAAUGUAGAAAAGAUCUGCAGCCGCAGAGAAGAGGAGAAAGGACCGGGUCCUCAGUACAGCUGGGGUCUCCAGGUGGCUACUUCUUACCUGCACAGCUAACUACCCCUAUUCCUGUUGACCCCAGUAUAAAAAAUCCACCUACUCCAGUAUUGAAUAUUACCCUGGCUGGACUAAGGGAAAUAACUAGGAACUUCAGUGAUGAUACUCUAAUAGGAGAGGGAUCACAUGCUAAAGUUUUCCUUGGAGAGCUGAAAGAUGGCCGAAAAUCUGCGGUGAAGAAGCUUGGCCAGAAUCCUGUAGUGAAGAACCUUGACGGGUUUUUUUCUGAGCCUGAUGAAGAGUUCGUACUUCAGGUUCAGACUGUUUCAAGACUGAACCAUGAUAAUGUUGUCCAACUUCUUGGCUACUGUGUUGAUGGGAACGUCCGCGCUCUUAUUUAUGAGUAUUCAUCAAGGGGCUCCUUGCAUGAUAUUCUUCACGGAACAAAUGCUGCCAUGGGAACCCGACAAGGACCAGUUCUGUCAUGGACCCAACGUGUGAAGAUUGCCUUAAGUGCUGCACUGGGGAUUGAGUUCCUCCAUCAUAAGACAGAGCCUUGCAUCAUUCACGGUGACAUCAAGUCCAGCAACAUUCUCCUCUUUGAUAAUGAUGUUGCAAAUAUUGGAGACCUUCUUGUGUCCAAAAACCGCCCCGGUUACUUAGAUGAUCUUAUUUUGGAUUGUGUUAUUCCUUCCCGUAAUGGUUAUGAUGCACCCGAGUAUGAAGCAACUGGAGAGUUUACCAGGGAGAGCGAUGUAUUUAGCUUUGGGGUUGUGCUGUUGGAGCUUUUAACCGGUCGCAUAUCAGGGUAUUCCCAGAAGAGCCUCAUGAUACGGCCUAUGCUAGGGACUUAG